AUGACUUCUCAAGAGAAGACAGAAGAGUUUCCUUUAGCAGAUAUAUUUGAUGAAGAUGAAAUUGAAAAAAAUUUUUUGUUGUCCAAACCUGUUUGCUUUGUUGUAUUGGGGAAACCUGGUGUUGGGAAGACAACAUUAGCCUAUCACAUAGCACAGGCAUGGAAAUGUAUUCGUGUUGAAGGUUUAUCAGUUUUGGAAGAACACAUUGCUGCUGAAACUGCACCAGGAGCUGUGUUGCAAUCGAUGCUGGUCAAAGGUCACAGUAUACCAGAUGAAGUUGUCAUGAAGCUAAUACUAGAGAAACUCAACUCCUCAGAAGUCUCUCACUUUGGUUAUAUUAUCACUGAAAUACCAUCAAUCACACAGGAUACCAUGAGUGCUUUGCAGCAAGUAGAACUGAUUAAAAAUUUAAAAUUAAAGCCUGAUAUAAUAAUCAAUAUUAAGUGCCCUGACUAUGAUUUGUGCCAAAGAAUUUCUGGGCAAAGACAGCACAAUAGUACGGGGUACAUAUAUGCUAGAGAUCAGUGGGAUCCUGAAAUCAUUGAGAGUCGGAGGAAAAAGAAGAAAGAUGCCCCAAAAGAAGGAAAAGCUGAAGAGGAAGAAGAGGAAGAAGAGCAAGAAGAAGAAGAGGCAUUCAUGGCGGAAAUGCAGAUGGUAGCUGAAAUCUUUCAACAUCUAGUUCAAAGGCCUGAGGAUUGUUUGGAAAAUAUCCAAGACAUUAUCAAACUUUAUAAAGACACAAUUCUUCAUGCUUUAGAAGAAGUAAUGGCCGAACAUGAUCCCCAGUAUCUCAUUGAACUGGAUGGAAAUCAGUCACCAGAGGAACUCUUCACAGUAAUUAUAGAACGACUGAAAUAUCUGAACCUAAAAAGAGCAGCUGUUUUGACCAAACUUCAGAGUGCAGAGGAAGAAAUGAGUGAUGUGAUGGAAAAUGAAGAGCUGUUCCGCACUCUUUCAUCUUAUAAACUUAUUGCACCACGGUAUAGAUGGCAGAGAAGCAAAUGGGGACGUAUGUGCCCUGUGGCUUUAAAAGAAGGUAAUAUUUAUCCAGGAUUAGGAGAUUUUGCUGUGAGUUUUCUAGGUAAGAUGUACUGUCUGUCAUCAGAAGAAGCGUUAAAAGCAUUUUUGUUAAAUCCACGUCCUUAUCUUCUUCCACCGAUGCCACUACCACCAUGUAAAUUAUUCAUAUUUGGACCUCACUGUUCAGGGAGAACAACACUUAGCAAUUUGAUUGCACAACACUACAAAGGAAAGGUAGUGGACUAUGCCAAGGUCAUUCAACCACGUUUCGAUGAAGCCCGGGAAGUCCUAAUAAAAAACACCAUAGCUGAGGCCACCAAAGCAGCUAUUAAAGCUGUGAAAGAAAAGCUUCUCACAGAGCUACAAGCCAAAAAGCAAGCUGAGACAGCAUUAAGAGAAUUUCAAAAACAAUAUGGACAAAAAGAGGUUGAAGAACCUCCCGAGGAUAAAGAGUUGCAAUCUUCAAUUGAUGAAGAAGAACGUGGUCAAGAAUCCUCAAAAGGCAGUUUAUUAGAGGACACUGAAGAAGCCACAUCCAAGACAGAGGCUGCCCUCGAUCAAGCUCACAAAGAUGAGGAAAAACAAAUCAGUGAAGCAUCCACACUUAAAAGGAGUUCUCAAGAUUUGAGUCUAGAUGUAAUGUUGGAUUCAGACAAAGUCCCACUAGAAGAUGCAAUAGAAGAAGUAUCUGUAAAUCAUCCAGAGGUUGUUUCCAUACUGGAGGAGACCCUAAAACGCUCAAAGGAUGUGAACUUUGAACAACCUUAUGAAAAAUAUGCUGAAAUCCUAGAUGAAGUCCUCAAAGAGGUCAUGGAAGACAACACAAAUAGGUUUCCUGGUGCCCCAAAAUAUGGAGGAUGGAUCGUGGACAACUGCCCCAUUCAGAGAGAGCUGUGGCUAGCCUUACUUGACAAAGGAAUUAUACCUGAUUUGGUGAUCUAUUUAUCAGAUGCGGAAAAUGAUGGAAAAUGUUUACUUCAUAGACUGUAUUUAGAAAAUAAGUCUAAAAUUGAUGCAGAUAUCUUAGCAAGAUUGUUAGGUGAACUACAAAAUAAAAAAGAAGAAGAAGAAGAAGAAGCAAGGAAAGCCAAAGAAGAGGAAUUGAGAAUGGAAGAAGAAGAACAAAGGACACUGGAUGCUAUAAAUGAGAAAGCAAAAGAAGUUGAUGAAGCUGAUAAUGAAACUGGAGAGGAGAAUGAAGGUGAGGAACCAGAAGUCCGUGAGGGCUCUGAGGCCCUUGAAAUGCCCAAAAACACCAGAGGGUCAUUGCUUCCUGAAGACUCUGAAGUGCCUGAAGUACCUGAAACAGAACAAGAAUUAGUCUCUGAGCCUGCGGAGGAUACUGGCAUUGAAAUAGAAAUUCCAAAAGCAUCCCAAGAGGGUGUGGAAACUGAACAAGUAUCUGAAACAGUUGUACUCCCUGAGUUUCCAGAAGAUGCCUAUCCUGAUGUUCCUGAAAUGGAGUCAUUUAAAGAAAAUAUUAAUACUUACACUCUCAUGUGGAAACAGUUGGAACUAAUAUUUAAUGAUUCCUUCAUUCAAACUCUGCACUUGGAGAUUGCUGACAGAACACCGAAGGAGCUACUUCAAAAAGUAUUUGAUACUAUGGAAAAACCAUUCCAAUAUGGCGCAUGGGAGUUAACAAUAGAAGAUUAUGAUGAGGAGACAGAAGACUAUCAGACUGAAGCAGACAUGGAUGAGGAGCCGGAAGAAGAGGAAGAAGAAGAGAAAGAGGCAUGUGAAGAAAAAACUAAAGAGAAAAGGAGGCAUUUGGGAGAUACGAAGCACUUUUGUCCUGUGGUUCUCAAAGAAAACUUCAUCCUUCAACCAGGCAUCACAGAAGAAGCUUGUAAAUAUCGAGAAAAGAUCUUCUACUUUUCAAGUCCUGAGGCCAAACACAAGUUUUUGGAGAAUCCUGAGGAUUAUGUGGCUCAUAAAGAUCCAUUGAAGCCGCCUCCACUAAGAAUAUGCCUUCUGGGUCCCCAUGGCUCUGGCAAAACCAUGCAUGGAAGAAAGUUGGCAGAAAAUUUUGGCAUUUUUCAUAUUCAGUUUGAGGAAGUUCUUCAAGAAAAAUUACUGCUUAAAGCUGAAAAGAAAUUUGGCCCUGAAUUUGAGGAAGACUCUGACGAAGAGCAAGUUUCAAAACAAGAAUUUGAAGAGCUCGCAAUGCAGGCCAAUGUUAAAAUUGAGGAAGAAAGCACAAAGAAACAGCUUCCAGAAGUACAAUUAACAAAAGAAGAAGAAGCAAUCAAAUCAAGUCUGAUGGAAAAUGAGCCACUGCCUUCUGAAAUUCUUGAAGUAAUUCUUUCUGAAUGGUGGCUUAAAGAACCCAUAUGUUCCACAGGUUUUAUACUAGAUGGUUUCCCACGGUAUCCUGAGGAAGCCCAGUUUCUGGGAGAACGUGGAUUUUUCCCAGAUGCUGCUGUUUUUAUACAAGUUGAAGAUCAAGAUAUUUUUGAUCGCCUCCUUCCCUCCCGAGUUGAAAAGUGGAGAGUGAAACAACAGAAGAAAUUAGAAAGAAAAAAAUUCAUCAGAGACAUGAAAGCAAAAAUUAGGGAGGAUAUGAUUUCUAAAAGAAGGGCUGAACUUAUUUUAGAAAGAGAGAAAAAAAAGAAAACAGAGGCUUCUGUUAGAGAUGAUGACGACUUUAGCGAGGAAGAGCGUGAAGAUGAUGAAGAUGCUAUUGAAAACAUCCUUGAAGAUGAGUUUCCCAAAGAUGAGGAAGAGAUGAGCGAGGAAGACGAGGAGCAGGAGGUCGAUGCGACUGAGCGCCUGAGAAGUGAAUUGGGAGAGAAAUUUGAAAUGGAUGUGAACAAUAUACAAUUGAUACAGGAUGAAUUUGAGAAGGUUUUGAUACCAAUAAUUCCUGUGAAUGGAGCUCGGAGAAUUCAUAUUGUACAAUAUGUACUGAAUUUGAAACUGAAGCCACUGGUGGAAAAUCGUGCAAGCAUCUUUGAGAAAUGUUAUUCUGUAUCCACACAACUCGCCCAGAAAAUGCUCGCCUGUACCUACAAGUACACAAGCUCGUUUGGCUAUUGGGAUCCUGUAAAGCUGAGUGAAGGAGACACCAUCAAGCCAGCGGAAAAUGCAGAGAACCCAAGUUAUCCUGUGAUCCAUCGUCAGUAUAUUUAUUUUUUAUCCAGUAAAGAAACCAAAGAAAAAUUUAUGAAGAACCCAAUCAAAUAUAUCCGGCAACCCCAUCCUAAGCCUACUGUGCCUAUUCGGAUUAUAAUUGUGGGGCCUCCAAGAUCUGGCAAAACUACAGUUGCCAAAAAAAUUGCAAGUGAAUAUGGCUUAAAACGUCUGUCAGUAGGAGAUGCUUUGCGUGUCAUAUUAAACAACCACCCCAAAACAGAGCUGGCAGUUAUGUUAAAUUGGCAUCUGCAUAAAGGAUUGACAGUACCUGAUGAACUGGCUGUCCAAGCCUUAGACCUUUCUCUGAUGGAAAGCGUAUGCAAUACUGCAGGUGUGGUCAUCGAUGGAUACCCUGUAACUCCACACCAAAUGAAUCUCUUGGAAACCAGGUCAAUCAUUCCCAUAGUCAUCUUUGAACUGGACGUGCCUUCCAAGGAGAUUUUCAGAAGAUUGCUUCUGGAAAAAAAAAAUGAACAAAGUUUGCCUUAUCCCUUGCACAAUAGUGCACAGAUUAUAGCUAUCAAGAAUGCAAAGUACCGCAAAAAUGCUGAUGAGAUCAGGCAAUUUUAUCAAGAGCAGCAUCAGAACUGGUAUGUGAUCGAAGGAUUCCACAGUAAGUGGUGGGUAUGGAAUGCAGUCAUCACGAAUGUUCGAAAGGUCAAUAGCUACAUGCAGACGUACAUGGAAAGAAUAAAAGAAGGAAAAGCUGCCUGCAUUGACAAGCUAUGUAUCACACCUCAAGAGCUGAUUUCUCGCCUGGGAGAAUUUGGACAGUUCUGCCCUGUCAGCCUGGCAGAGUCGUAUGAGUUAGUUGAUUGCUCUGUAACUGACUCCUUGGAAUUUGCAGCAGAAUUCAGGGAGCACUAUUAUAAAAUGAAUUCCCAGGAAAAGCUAAAUAAAUUUUUGGAGAACCCAGAAUUGUAUGUGCCUCCCUUAGCACCUCAUCCUCUCCCAAGUGCUGACUUGAUCCCCAAAAGGCUGACGAUAUCUGAGCUGAAGAAUCGAUUCCCUAAGUGUGCCGAGCUCCAGGGCUACUGUCCAGUGACCUAUCGGGAUGGAAAGCAAAGAUAUGAAGCCUUAGUACCUGGUAACAUCAAUUACGCUAUAGAAUAUCGGAAUCGUAUAUAUAUUUGUGAGAGUAAAGAAAAACUCGAGAAAUUUUUGAGGAAGCCAAUGAACUACUGGGAUCAGAAGCUUCCAAACAAACUGCCCCCGCUAAAGGAACCCAUAUCUCUGACAAGCCUCCCUUUGCCUGGAUAUCUGGAACAGGGUACAGCAACCUCUCUAAUUAAAGCAAUGAAUGCCGCCGGGUGCCUGAAACCCAAAUUUCCAUUCUUAAGCAUCAGGAGAUCUGCACUACUCUACAUAGCCCUUCACCUCAAAGCAUUUAAUCCCAAAGGUUCUGAAUAUACAAGAAAAAAGUAUAAGAAGAAGAUGGAGCAGUUUAUGGAGAAGUGUGAACUCAUAACAUACCUGGGUGCCAAGAUGACCAGAAAAUACAAGGAGCCUCAGUUUAGAGCCAUUGACUUUGAUCAUAAAUUACAGACUUUUCUCUCUCUCAGAAAUAUAGACCCAAUUAAUGGGUAGUUUAAGUUAAUGCAGCCUGAAUUUAAGGACUAUAUCCAAGAGCUAGAGGGAAAUCGAGAGCAGAAGACUUGAAAACCUGGUCGUCU